CGUUGGUCAGCCUCUGAAUCUCAAAGUUUCCAUAUUUUCCUGAAGAUAGAAAAGUAGCGUAAUAAAAGCACAAAUUUCCUCAUUACGAUUAUUGGGAAUUGAUCCUUUGCUGCACACACGGCCUCAAGGGUGUGGAGUUUUUGAAUUUUCGUAACAUACCACCGAAAAUGAAUCCGAUUGCGACUGCGGCUAUACCUAUUAUCCCCCCUGUUGCUACGCCCAAUUUGCUAGUCGGACUGCCACAUAUGGCAGCUCCUGGAGCUUUGCCUUCCGUAACUCCAGCUGUUGUCAUGCCCCAAGCUGUUACACACAUGCCAGAAUCAAUUGGACAACCAAAUAAUACCAUAUACAUAAACAAUCUGAAUGAAAAGAUAAAACGCGACGAAUUAAAGAAAUCCCUAUACGCAGUUUUUGUUCAAUUUGGUCAAAUAUUGGACAUAAUUACAUCACGAACACUUAAAAUGCGUGGUCAAGCUUUUGUUGUCUUUGAUGAUAUCAAUAGUGCGUCCACGGCACUUCGGGCAAUGCAAAGCUUUCCACUGUAUGAAAAACCCAUGCGAAUACAUUUUGCCAAAGUUGAUUCAGAUGUCAUUGCUAAACGUAAAGGCACAUUUGUACAACGACCAAAAGCUGCAUCAAGAGCAGCAGCUGCGGCCGCUGCUGCUGCUGCUGCCGAAGCCGCAGCUUCUGCUGCUGCAAUUAAUUCAGCCGGUCCACAAGGAGGCACUAGUGCUAGAGCUAUCCGUAGAAGACAACAAAGAGCUGCAGCAGCCGCUGCUGCCGCUGCAGCUUCGGCCUCAGCUAACAAUGAUACCAUCGGUGAAACAAAUUCUAAUGGUGUCGAUCAAACUAAUAGUUAUCGUCCUCCUCCACCACCACCGACUGUGAAUCCAGCAACUAUUCCAGAUCAACCACCUAAUAAGAUUUUAUUCUUAACUAACUUACCGGAUGAUUCUGAUGAAGCAAUGUUAAGUAUGCUUUUUGGACAAUUCACUGGCUAUCGAGAAGUCCGUAUGGUUCCAGGAAGACAUGAUAUUGCUUUUGUUGAAUUUGGUAAUGAAGUAGAGGCAUCAGCUGCAAAACUUGGCCUUCAAGGUUUUAAUAUUCGACCCGGUCAAGCUAUACGUAUUACUUUUGCGAAGAAAUAAAAGGAUUUUGAAAAAAAAUUAGUUCAUUCAUUUUAACUAUGAAUUUCUUCAAUCUUAUUACUUCAUACGUGUACAUGUUUACAAUUUUCAAUAAAAUUAAAAUUCUAUUUGGUCUUAAUGAGUUUUCUUUCUCAUACCAAUAAUUGGUAUUAUCUGAUUGUUGAAAAAAUGAUGGCGCUUAUUGUUGUUUUUCCUGUUUAAUUAAUUGUAUUUGUAUAGACUUUGGCUUUUGGUUUGUUCCGUAUGAAUAGAUUAUAUUGAACGAACCCUUGUGUAUAACAUUAGUUUAAAUGUACUAAACACUAGAUAACUAAAAUAUUUUGUCAUUAAUUUUCAUUGCCAUUACAAACCAGUCUAAAUGUUAUAACGGAUCCCAUAUUUACUCGUACUUGUUAUUUAUCAAAAAUUCCAAAGUAGCAAAAUGGAUUGGUUUUGUGGUGUGUAGGUUUUAAAGGCACUUAGGUCACUGGAGAAACUAAAAUGUUACUAUAAUCAAAUUCAGUUGACUACUUUGCCCACGUAAUCUAUUUCUUAAAAUGGUCAUCCAAUACUUUGUUGGAUUGUAUGAAUAGAGUAGUGAACGAUAUUCAUUCAGACUUCACAGCUGACGUAACUACUUGCAACCACCAUAUCUACAUUUUUGUACAUACAGGACUUCUCAAGUUGUGUAUGGUGUUUAGUGACUGGAGGUAAUCUACAGGAAUUACUGGACCCCGAAGUAAUGCUGUCUGACGCUUAAACGAGGGACAUCUUCCGUCUUGGAGUAACUUCAUGCGACAAUCUAGAACACUGAGUUAGUCAUAAAGAGAACAUCAGUCUCCCUAAGGCUAAAGAUACGUCUUACUUAAGAGCGUUAACUGUCUUAGAACUUAAACACAGUGCUUCUUUCAAGUUGCCUCUAAUAUCAAAGUGAAAUGCACUGUGAAAUCGAUUAAUUUUGACAAUUAUUAACAUUGGAACCUGGCCGUCAAAAUUCAUUAAACACUCAGUACUAGAUAACAUGACAUUGAUUACUGCUAAGUAACUAAUCAGUCUAAGCUGCGUAAACAUGUUCGGUCUUUAAUUAGUACAAUUUGAUUGUUACAAUUACUCCAUAGAAACCUUAAACUAGUCUGAAGUUUAUUCUUCCAACUAAAACUUGUAUGGUGAAGCAGUGGCUCAGUUGUAAUAGUGUUUAACUUUCAGUCAUUCAGUCACCCAUGGGUUCAAAUCCUCCUACACUUCGGUCUAGGAAGUCGAAUCAUAUCGCUAGCCGUCUCCAAAUGUGAUUCAAAUUCAUUGACAAAAAUUUACUCGGAUUAUGAGCUAAUACUAAUGAUAUAUAAUUGACCUUUAUUUAUUUUAUGAUUAUUUGUUUGAAUGGAUUAAAGCUUGAUUUGUGCACGUUAUGCAAUGGAAUUAAUAUCAUUGUAGCCUGAUUUCUACGCAGUAGUUGUCCGUUUGUACAUUUUCAGUCCACUAGCAUACAGAUUGAAAUUUGCGUGUUCUUUAUAUGUUUUGAUCAUAGUAAGAAAGCAAUCUCAUCAAAGCAUACAAAUGCAGGCCUAUACAGAAUUUCCAUUUUCGACAGAUUAAUUAAAGUACAUAAAGCACAUUUUCCAAACUGAUGCUUCCAAUCAAAAAGCACACCUAUAAAUAAUACCCUAGUUUCACUUCUAAUCUGAAACUACUGGUAAUAGUAGUAACAUAUGAUACUUCAUAGUUUACAUCACUGACUGACUUUAGACAACUAUUCUAAACUAGGCGACACUGGACAGCUGUUUCGUUCUCAUGAAAAUCCUCAGACAGUUCUUGAUGUAGACUUUAAAACUUAAAAAUCAAAAAAUCCCCCACACUGAUUAUAUAUAUAAUAUCAAGUCCUACCUUCUUCCAGCAUGUAACACUAUUUCAAUUCAUUCAUUAUAUCCCUUCUUUAUUUCCAUAUAUAUACGGUGUGUGCAUGCGUGCGUGCUCGGAUUUGAUAAAUAUUAGUUCUAUAAAUGGAUAUCCGACCAAAUCACACGUUGUAUGUGAAUAAUCUAAAUGACAAAGUAAAGAAAAACGAUUUGAAAAAAGCACUAUAUUAUAUAUUUGGUCAACAUGGUCGACUAAUUGAUAUUAUAGCUAUGAAAACAAUGAAAAUGCGUGGACAAGCAUUUAUUAUUUAUCAAGAUAUUGCUUGUGCAACGCAAGCUUAUCGUUCAUUACAGGGAUUUCAGUUAUUUCAACGACCUAUGCGAGUAACGUAUGCUAAAAAAGACUCGCAACAAAUUAUCUGUUUGAAAGGUGUCAGUGCUGAAGUUCAAAAGAGACGUGAAGAAGAACGCGAAAAACGUAGACGAAAGAAAAUGGCACAACGUGCUGCAGCGGUAGCAGCGGCUCUACAAGCAGCUAAUCAAUCAGUAAAUGGUCCAGCGGGUACCGGUGGAGAUAUCAAUGCAUUGUUAGAUCAACCAAAUCAUAUUUUAUUUGUUAGCAAUUUACCAGAAGAAACUACUGAUGCUAUGCUUACUAUGUUAUUUAGUCAAUUCUCGGGAUUUAAAGAGGCUAGACGCGCUGCUGGUGGAGUUGGCUUUGUCGAAUAUGAUACUGAAUCACAAGCUGCUGCUGCGCGAUCUGCUUAUGAAGGAUUUAAACUGACACCGACUCAUGCUAUGCAAAUUACAUUUGCUAAGAAAUAAAGAUCACUUUUCUUUUCCUUAACAUUAUUCGUUAGUUAAUUGGUAUUAUUGAUAUUAUCAUUGUUAUUAUUCUUAUGAUUACCUGCUAACACCGCAUAUUGAUGUAGAUGGUAAUUAGACAUAUAUAACACAUGUCUCGAGCACAUCACUUGAUGAAGAUUAAUAAUCAUAUCAGCCGCUUUACUAUCUUUCUUCAGUACUCUGUACAUAACCUCAGGACUGCUGACUGGAUUAUACCGACAAUAUACGAGGAUUGUGUAACUAGAGAGCGAUAAUACCUAGCCUCAUUUCAAAUACCACAAUUCUCCUUUCCUUCCGCUUAUUACACACUGGUUAAGAAGACUAGGCUUACAGAGAAGUGGAUAAAAGUGGUUUUAUUUAAACAAAUACCACUUGCCUAUCAAAUAAGUUGAGAAAUCGGCGUAACAAAUCUUUGCAGUAAAAAAAUUUGAGAGGGAAAUUUUCAGCAACAUAUUAUGAUGAUAUACUUUUCGAGUUUGAGAUUUACUGAAGGAGUAAGUCAUUCCUUGUGUACGUGUAUGUGUAUGAGUAUUAGGUGAUGUGUGUAUUCCGGUUGUUGGUGGUGGUGAAAAAGUGGUAUUGCAGUUGGCGUCAGUGUGCAAUGGUGGUUGUGCUAGUGAUUGUGUUUGUUUUGUUGCUGGUUUUUGUGUGCGAUAUGAGUUGAUAUUGUGUGGUGUAUAUAUAUAUAUUAUAUAUAUAGUUUUAUAGCUUUGGAAAUCAACUGUACGAACAGAGCACUGUUGACUGAACCAAUCUUUCUUAUUUUAUGACUAAAUUAGUAUAUUCCUUUAGCCUAUUCCAACGAAUGUCUUGAGUUGUUUGUUUGUUGUUUAGCUCUGUUCAUCUUCGACGUGUUCCUUCAUGUUCUUGUUCUUCUUCUGCUCUUUUUCCUUCUAAAUGUACUCCUAUUCAUUCAAUGCAGGUUGAACUUGUUUGUAGAGAUUAUGUUGCAAAUGGUGGUUGAGAGACAUUUUUAGCCUAUGAGGAUCUAUAUCAAGACACAUUGAUAGGUUUAUGACGUUUAGGAAAGUGUUCACUGCAACACGUUAUAUUAGUGAUGAUGAUAAUGAUUUUCAAGGUAGUGAAGAUCCUUGUUGUUCUAUUGUACGUGAAUUACAUGUAUAUGGUAGUGCUGUUCCAGUGGCUGCUAGGGAUCCCACAAAUUUAUAACAUCAAGUACGUUCAAGUGUAAUUUAAUUGUAUAUCGGAUAAGAGAUGCUUUUUUGUGUGUGUUAAUAACAGCAACAAUAAUAAUAAUAGCAUUCUAAAGUUAGGAAUUUCUGUUAAAUACCUUUUCAAGUCCACCGAAGUUAAGCAUCCGGAGUUGGUAACAGUCACAAACUGUCAUGGCUUCUCCUUAAACAUAUUGUUCUGCAAAAAAAUCCUUCGUGGUUUUUAACUCAGCAAGAACUGCAAAGUUUCAGUGCAGACAAGUAGAAAAAUGACCAAUCAAUGUAGUCGGACGAGUAGGUAAUACAUUAAGCAAUCAAUAACUGAUUAGUUAACAAUUAAUCAAUGAAAUAAACGAAGAGAAUUGUGCAACUCACUUCUAGUUACUCAUAAGUAAUAUAGUUGUCAUACGCAAAUCUCUCAACCCUAGUCUUUCUUACGAAUUGUUCACAUUCACAAACAAAUCAUGCACAAACUAACUCUAC